AUGGAUAAGAGGAGUUGGCCUUGGAAGAAGAAGUUGUCUGAUAAGCAAGGAGCUGAUAAAGCAGCUGCCUUUACAUCAGACUCUGUGGCAGCUGCUUCAGAACCGGAUGCAGCUCUAACCGAAAAGGAAAAGCAAGAAGCCAGUAAAAAGCCAAAGUAUGUCCAAAUCUCCAUGGAAUCAUACACGCAUCUAAUCGGACUGCAAGAUCAAGUCAAGUCGUACGAAGAGCAAGUCCAGAGCUUAGAGGAUGAAGUAAAAGAGCUAAACGAAAAGCUGUCCUUAGCCAACACCGAAAUGACUAACAAAGAAAAUCUCGUCAAACAACACGCAAAGGUUGCCGAGGAAGCCGUCUCAGGUUGGGAAAAGGCAGAAGCUGAAGCCGCAGCUUUGAAAAACCACCUCGAGUCUGUCACGCUGCUGAAGCUCACUGCCGAGGACCGUGGGUCCCACCUGGACGGGGCCCUCAAGGAGUGCAUGCGCCAAAUACGCAAUUUAAAAGAAGACCACGAACAGAAACUGCACGAACUAAUCCUGAGCAAGCAGAAGCUUUUCGACAAGAUGAAGCUCGACUUGGAAUCCCGGAUCGCUGGCCUGGACCGAGACCUGCUGAGGUCAGCCGCGGAAAACGCCGCGCUUUCCAGAUCCCUGCAAGAACGCUCGAACACGCUCGUCCAGCUCAGCGAAGAAAAAUCUCGAGCCGAAGCAGAGAUUGAGAUGCUCAAGAGGAAAAUCGAGUCGUGGGAGAAGGAAGUGAGCUCGCUCAAAUACGAGCUCCAUGUUGCGCGGAAGGAGGUCGAGAUCCGAAACGAAGAGAAGAACAUGAGCGUUCGGUCUGCUGAGGUGGCGAACCGGCAGCACCUCGAGGGGGCGAAGAAGAUCGCGAAGCUCGAGGUCGAGUGCCAGAGGCUGCGUGGGCUUGUGAGGAAGAAGUUGCCAGGCCCUGCUGCCCUUGCCCAGAUGAAGCUCGAGGUUGAGAGUCUGGGCCGGAGGUCUCCAGUCAAACCUCCCAGCCCAAACUCGGCCCAUUUUCCUGAGUUCUCGAUCGACGGCUCACAAAGUUAUCUCAAGGAGAAUGAGCUUCUCACUGAACGUUUGCUUGCAAAGGAGGAAGAAAUGAGGAUGCUUAAGGAGGCACUUGCUAAGCGUAACAACGAGCUGCAGGCUUCUAGAAGCUUGUACGCCAAAUUGGAAGCACAAGUUCAGGCGAGUGGCGAGCAGAAGAGUGAAAGGAAUGUGGAUAGUCCUAACAAGUCUGAAAAUGCAAGUAAAAGUAAUGAUCUGGACCUGAUGGAUGAUUUUGUGGAGAUGGAGAAGUUGGCUUAUUUGUCGAACGCGCAAGCGUCGAAUGUGGAUUUGGAUAAUAAUACUGGCAAAAGUGGGCCCGAGCUUUUGAAUAACGAAGCUCUGGUUAAGCUCUUUGUUGAACUGCAGUCGAAGAUAUCCACGGUACUCGACUCGAUUUCUCGUGAAAAAGACAGGGAAAAAGUUGCAGAGGAUAUUAGCCGUGUCCUGCAAGAUUUGCAUGAAACUUCUCGCUCCAGAGAUGGCAAAUCGUAUGCGGAAGAUGUUGAAACCAUCAGUCAAGAAUUACAAACUGCCAUCGGUCAAAUUUACAACUUCGUAACAAUUCUAGGGAAAGAAGCUAAGGCUACUGUCCCACGGACAAUUCUUCUCGGAGAACUGAGCGAAAAACUCGACACUUUCACUGCCAAGUACAGUGAGGCCAUAUAUAGCGACAUUAAUUCAAACGAAUUCGUUCUUGACAUAUCUCGUGUGCUGAACAAGGCGAGUGAGCUCCAUUUCAACGUAUUGGGAUUCAGAGGCUCUGAAGGGGAAAAUGGUAGUUCGGACUGUGUAGACAAGAUUGUGCUCCCAGAGAACAAACCCAUUUUGAAAUCUUUAGAAGAGCGAUAUUCUUCAAACAGCUGUGCUCGUUUUUCGGAUUCAGCAUCCGAUGCCGAUGUGCCGACCUCUGAGUCAACAGCUGCCCCAUGUAAGUGGUCAAUGGAGGAGUUUGAACAGUUGAAGACAGACAAGGAUAACCUCGCGGAUGAGCUUGCUCGAUGCAUGGAGAAUUUUGAGAGUACGAGGUCUCAGUUGCUAGAAACAGAACGGGUUUUAGGUGAGGUGAGGUCUCAGUUGACUUUGGCUGAGAAGUCAAACAGUUUGGCCGAGACACAGCUCAAAUGCAUGGCCGAGUCAUACGAAUCACUUGAAAAACGGACGGAUGAACUGAAGCGUGAAGUAAGUGAGCUUCAAGGGAAGAUAGAAAGUUUGGAAGGUGAGCUACAAAAAGAGAAAAAAUGUCACCAGGAGGCAGUGAAGAGAUGUAAAGAUCUUCAAGGGCAGCUUGAAAGGAUUGAUUAUUCAGUAGCAGCUGAUAAUGAUGACAAGAUUAGCCAGGAGAAAGAGCUAGCAGCUGCAGCUGAAAAGCUUGCCGAAUGUCAACAAACCAUUUUACUUCUCGGAAAACAGCUUAAGGCCCUUUGUCCACAAUCCGAGACCUUAACUCCUCCGAACAAUGCAAGAAAUGAAAAUAUCGACCCUUCUUUUCGGGAGGAACCAACUGUAAGUGGCACUGAAAACUUGGAAGAAACGAAAUUAUCUGAACCCGAUACUUCCCAUUUACAUAGAGCUGGAUCUGAGUCACCCAUGAAUCCAUUCAACUCCACAUACACUCAAUCGAACUCCGAAGCUAACAACUUUCUGAGAUCACCAAUCAGCUCAAAGUACCCCAAACACCGCCCCACAAAAUCGGGCUUGUUUUAUGCGCCAUCCACACUCACACCGGAAAAACAUUCCCGUGGAUUUACCAGAUUCUUUUCCACCAAAGGGAAAAAUUAG